ACUCUUUCUGCUGGAGCUGAACCCUGCCAUGCAUUUCCUAUUUACCCAAACGUAACCGUUUCCAUGCGACAGCUCCUCUCACCUAAACAGAUCGUCACUCUUUCCUAACUCACCAUGCAAUUGGCACCGAAGGAGAUCGACAAACUCCUCAUAACCCAAACCGGCUUCCUCGCCCAACGCCGUCUCGCCCGGGGCGUCCGUCUAAACCACACCGAAGCCCUCUCCCUCAUCGCCUGCGUCCUCCACGAACUCAUCCGCGAUGGAACCCACUCUGUCAGCGACCUCAUGUCCCUGGGUACAACCCUCCUCGGCCGCCGCCACGUCCUCCCCUCCGUGCCCCACACCCUCAAAGAAUUAAUGGUCGAAGGCACAUUCCGGAAUGGAACCUACCUCGUCACCGUCCACGAUCCUAUCGCGACCGAUGAAGGGAAUUUAGAAAGGGCGUUGUAUGGAUCACUAUUGCCUGUGAUGGAUAAGGGGAGGGAAAAUGAGGUUUUUUCGUGGCCGCCUGUGGAAGGGUUGGAGGUUUGGGGGGAGAAGGAAAUGCCGGGGGCUGUUGUUGCUGUGAGAGGGAAAGAGGGGAGGAUAGCAUUGAAUGAAGGGAGGAAGAGGUUGAAGUUGAAGGUCACGAGUAAAGGUGAUAGACCAAUUCAAGUGGGGAGUCAUUAUCAUUUUGUGGAAACGAAUCCGAAAUUGGAAUUUGAUCGGUUGAAGGCUAGAGGGAUGAGAUUGGAUAUUCCGGCGGGGACGUCGGUGAGGUUUGAGCCCGGGGAGAGUAGGACUGUUACGCUGGUGGAGAUUGCGGGGAAUAAGGUGAUACGAGGAGGGAAUGGGUUGGCGAGUGGUGGGGUGCAUGCUGUGAGUGAUGAGGGGUUGUUGCAGAGGUUGAAGGAGGGUGGGUUUUUGCAUGUGGAGCAGCCGAGGGCGGAUGCGAGGUUGUUGGAGGGGUGUACGAUGGAUCGGGAGAGUUAUAUUGCUAUGUUUGGACCUACGACGGGAGAUCGAGUGAGGCUUGGAGCGACGGAUCUGUGGAUCUCAGUGGAGAAGGACUUGACAGUCUACGGAGACGAGUGUUCUUUUGGAGGCGGCAAGACGAUUCGUGACGGCAUGGGACAGGCUUCGGGAAGAGCUGACAAGGACUGCUUGGAUACCGUCGUUACCAAUGCGCUCAUUGUGGACUACACGGGCAUCUACAAGGCGGAUAUUGGCAUCAAAGAUGGCAUCAUUGUUGGCAUUGGCAAAGCUGGAAAUCCGGAUGUGAUGGAAGGCGUCGAUCCCAACCUCAUUGUUGGCGCUGCGACAGAUGUCAUUGCUGGCGAACACAAGAUCGUCACAUACGGAGGCUACGAUUCGCAUAUUCACUUCAUCUGCCCUCAGCAAGCAUACGAAGCAGUGGCGAGCGGCAUCACGACUUUCCUGGGAGGAGGUACAGGACCAAGCACCAGCACAAAUGCUACGACUUGCACGCCAAGUGUCAAUAUGAUGAAGUGGAUGCUUCAAGCAUGCGAUGACUUACCGAUCAAUGUUGGAAUCACGGGCAAAGGUAACGACGCAGAUCCCGCAGGUCUGAUAGAUCAAGUUGAAGCUGGUGCAUGCGGACUGAAACUGCACGAAGACUGGGGCACAACACCUGCCACAAUCGACACAUGUCUCUCCGUUGCCGAUGAACACGAUAUCCAAGUCCUCAUCCACACCGACACCCUGAACGAAUCCGGCUUUGUCGAAACCACAGUCGCAGCUUUCAAAGACCGCACAAUUCACACCUACCACACCGAAGGUGCCGGCGGCGGCCACGCCCCAGACAUCAUCUCCGUAGUCGAACACCCUCACGUCCUCCCUUCAUCCACAAACCCCACCCGCCCCUACACCGGCAACACCCUCGACGAACACCUCGACAUGCUCAUGGUCUGCCACCACCUCUCCCGCAACAUCCCCGAAGACGUCGCCUUCGCCGAAUCGCGCAUCCGCGCCGAAACCAUCGCAGCCGAAGACGUCCUCCACGACAUCGGCGCAAUCAGCAUGAUGUCCUCCGACUCCCAAGCCAUGGGCCGCUGCGGCGAAGUCAUCCUCCGAACCUGGAACACAGCCCACAAAAACAAAGUCCAACGCGGUUUCCUCCCCGAAGACGCCGGAACAGACGUCGACAAUUUCCGUGUCAAACGUUAUAUUUCGAAAUAUACCAUCAACCCGGCCAUCGCGCAAGGGAUGUCCCAUCUUCUCGGUUCUAUUGAACCAGGGAAACUCGCGGAUCUUGUCCUCUGGGAUCCUGCGAAUUUUGGUGUGAAACCUGCGCAAGUUGUGAAAGGGGGGAUGAUUGUUUAUUCGCAAAUGGGUGAUCCGAAUGCUAGUAUUCCGACUGUGGAACCUGUGAUUAUGCGGCCCAUGUUUGGGGCGAUGGUUCCUGGUGCGAGGGGGAUUGCGUGGGUGAGUGGGAGGAGUAUUGAGAGUGGGAAAGUUGCAUCUUAUGGAUUGAAGAAGAGGGUGGAGGCUGUGAAGAAUUGUAGGAGUGUGAAGAAGGGGGAUAUGAAAUUUAAUGGGAAGAUGCCGAGGAUGAAGGUUGAUGCGGAGAGAUAUAUUGUCGAAGCGGAUGGCGAGGAGAUGAAGGCUGAGCCGGCGGAUACGCUGCCUUUGAGUCAAGGGUAUUUUAUCUUCUGAGCAGGUAUGGAUCAAAAUUAGGAAACAAAUGAACCUCGAUGACUCCAAAACACAGGGCGUGACCAGAACUCGCAGCAUAAGCACAAUUUUUGCGUUGGCUUUCUUGCACCUGCCUACCUGGCCUUGCUCUGGUCUUGUGCCGAGAUCGGGUUCGCGGCAUUGUUGUGAACGCUGGAGACCAGUAUGCUUCCGAGAAACAACAGAAAAAAUGGGCCGGAAUGUUUGAGCUUCAAUGAGCUACUCGAGCAACAGCAGGUUUUCUGUCCUGCCUAUUAGCCAUACCACUCGGCGC